AUGGACGGGGCCUCACGUGGAAACCCAGGCAUUGCGGCCGCUGGUGGGGUCUUACUUGAUGAGCAUGGUACUUGGAUAUGUGGAUUUGCUCUCAAUAUUGGAGUCUGGUCAGCCCCGUUGGCAGAACUGUGGGGCGUAUACUAUGGACUAUGUAUGGCGUGGGAGCAGCGAGUACAACGGGACUGGAUAGUCCGUGUCGUUCAUGUCUACAGAGAGGCGAACAGAGUGGCAGAUGGCCUAGCUAACCAUGCUUUCUCUUUGUCAUUAGGUUUUCACUUCUUUCCUUCUUCCCCCUUUGAUAUUUUAGAGUUGGUGAAGGAGGAUGCACUUGGCUCUACACGAACUCGUUUUGUAAGACCGGGUUGA